AUGCUUUUCUCCUCCAGCACAGACCCUGACUACCAGGCCUUGGACCCUGUGGCAGCUUCACGCCUUCACCAGCAUCACAUGACACUUCGAGUGGAGUCUAUUUACUAUGUCCUUGAAAGCCAGUGGAUGCUCUCUCCGCACUCGGAUCGCACGCAAAUUAACAAGGACAUCGCAGACAAGCGGCUGCUAUGGAGUAACAAAGCUCCCAAGCAGUUGGAGAAGGCUGCCAAGAAAGCAUUCACGGAGGACGGCUGCAUUCUGCUUCGAGAAGUUCAUCAAGUGCUAUCGCUCCUGCACACCUGCCAUCUAACAGUACAAGACGAAGCAUUUCUGAGGCUGAUUCAGCUUUACUACCUGGACUCAAUCUCCACGGCCUCCAUCUCGAUCUGGGCGUACCUUCGAGUCCACUCAUCCGAGACCAUCCGACGGCACGUUCACACACGGGCACCAUGGAUGAACCGCCCCAAAGAAUGGAUCGACAAGUUCCUCGUGCCGAUCCUGCUGCGCCUGCGUGACGACUUUCAUGUUGCGUUUUCGCGUCCACAAACAAAAGAUCUCUACAUCCAAUACGGUGCUCUGGAUAAGCUGGGCAGACAGCAUCUGCAGCAACAGAUGUUGCCGCGCCUGGGGAGGGCGAUACUACAAGAACACGGCCACAUCUUCGGGGAGAUCCUCUCAAUGCCGAUCUCGACACCAACCGCUGACUGA